GGAGGCCCGCCGCGAUCCGGCGAGUGGCCUGCGCGCGCUCGGCGGCGACCGCAUCCGGCCGCUCUCCGCGGGCCUGGGGGCGGCAGGCGCCCAGCCGCGUGCCCACGGCGCGCCGGCGCGCUCGGCCUCGCCAGGGGCCCGCUCGAAGGAGAAGGCCCUGGAGCUGGACAGGAGGUUCCGGGACGCGGGGAAGGCACGGCCGGCGGCGGCGGGGCCUCCGACCGAGGCGGGGCUGCCCACGAAGCACGCGCAGCAGCCACUGGCUCGGCCCGCCGCGGCCGGGCCUGCGGCGGAGGCGGGGCAGCUCACCAGGCACGUGCAACAGCAGCCGCUUGGACAGCCGGGGCCAGAUCUCGGAUGCUCCGCCACCCCGCCCCCGGGGAGCGAGGAGCGCCGGGGGAGUUCUGGGCACACCGGAGACGCCGGAGUGGUCCGGCUGAGCUCGCCGAUAGGCAACGCGCGGCGGCUCCCUGAGCUGUACGGCGUCAGCGAGUA